AUGUCUCCUAAAUAUUCGACGCAACCAUCACUUGGCGACAGUAUUCUGGAUGGUAUACUAUUACGCCGUAUUAAAGAAACACCUACCAAAGAAACGAAUGAUGUACUUAGAGCUCGCCUACUGUAUCAAAGCAGAAAGCGUGGGAACUUGGAGAACGGGAUUCUGUUAAGUACCUUCGCUGCUGAGUAUUUGCAUAAAAUGACUCCUGAGCAACUGAACGCCUAUGAUGAUUUAAUCAAUUUACCGGAUAAUGAAUGGGAUAUCUACUAUUGGAUAACAAAAGCCAAAGAAGCUCCAGAAUAUUUCCAAACUGAUGUACUACAGCUUCUUCAAGAACACUGUAAAAAUAAAAACAAUGAACUACGAAAUCAACAACCUAAUUUAUACUGA